UGUCGUAACCUGUCUCGCGCGCACCCACUUAGUCUUCCCCCGCGUCUCUUUCCAACCCGCCUGCUGCCCUCACUCUCGAGCCAAUCCGCAUCACGCUGGCAAACAUGGGGACAUCCGAUCCCUACCCCGUGUCCGUUUCGUCCCUUCACUUCCCCUCCGCAGAGCAGCAGUCCAUUUCCCAAACGCUGUCUGCGUUGCGCCGAUCGGCGCUCACGGUCACCAACCGCCUGCGUUCCAUCGAGGCCGAUGCGGCCUUUGUCCGUGAGACCGCGGACCAUUACGGCCUUCCUCUCGUCGCCAACGAACGGUGUGGGAGCUGGUAUAUCCCGCCUGAUGUCAAAUCGGGCAGUGCAUAUUUCAAGAGUACAGACGGCCACACGGGCCAGUGGGACUUUAGUUUUCGCCGACUCAACCUGCAGAUUCUACCCAUCGCAAGGGAGCAUGGCGGUUGCAUCAUCGUCGACUCGACACGCCGGGGUAAAUUGAUGCCUGAUGCCUUGUCGAAAACCAUCCCGAUCUGGUGCGCCGUUAUCAACCGAGCGUUGUUUCCGUCCGACACUGCAUUCCAUGCCGUGGAAUUCCCGCCAAAUUUUCUCGGCGCCUCCGAGGAGUCACAGAUCGAGCGCCGGAUCGAUGGCUUCGUCAAGUCGCUUGAGGACCUUAAGCUUGACCUGGGCGAGCUCAAGCAGCAGCUGGGGAAGCCCAUCCGGAUAGCAUGGGCCAAUCGAUCAUACUUUCACCCGACUGACCUACACAAAGGGGAUGCCUAUCACCUUUUUGUCCUGUGCUCCGCAUCUAAAAGGGUCCAUGGGGCAGAAAUGUCCGAGGGCGGCUACAUCCAAGGAGCAGGGGACGAUAGUGAGAGCUGGGCCUAUGGCCUGACUCCUCCGGUAUUUUGGGCUAGCAAAUCGACACUCUUCCAGCAGUCGGACGAAGAUCUACCAGCCGUAAUCGAACAGCUGGUAGAGGAGCACCGUAAGCAGGACACUGACCAGAGAGCCACUCGUAUCACGCCGACCCGAAACCUCUAUAUUAGCCAGACACAUCCGCAGCUGAACAGCAGCAACCAUUACGAUCUUGUUAUAGAUUGCAAUGGAAGCGCAGAGGCAGCGGAAGGUAACGCAAAGCGUUUGAACCUCGGAUGCGGAUCCUCAAAACUGGGAAGUCGCGACUUACGGAAUAAACUGGACCAGGUUCAAGACUUUGUAAAGUCGCGUUUGGGCUCAGAUCCAUCCCAAUCCUUGCUUGUGACAUGUGAGACCGGGAAGGACCUGUCUGCUGGCGCCUUACUUGCGAUAUUGUGUCUGUUCUACACCGAGGAAGGCGAGUUCACCGCUGCCUCCGCCAAUCGGUCGAUCGGCAAGCAAUUCAUUCGCCAGCGACUCGCCUGGAUCACCUCGUCCAAACAUGAUAUAAACCCCUCGCGGUCUACGCUGCAAUCCGUCAAUGCGUUCCUCAUGCAACGGCCAGAUUACUGAUCAUGCGCUUGCCAUAGACCUUCGAACUCAAUUAAUUACAUCUAUCAAACAGUCGUAACGAAUUACUCAUUAUCCACAGCCUCGACAAUGGCGCCGCUGCUCCCCUGAUCCAAAGCGUUGAGCACCGCCAUAUCCUCCUCGCUAAUAUCAAAAUCAAACACAUCGGCGUUGGCGGCAAUCCGGUC